AUGGGAGACGGCGCUCGAGAGAGUAAGCGACAAGCUCGGAGAAGAGAGUCGAGAUCCAUGGAAGAAACCAAGGAACGAAAUCCGGAUUUGAGGCCGAGAAAAUCUGAUGUUAGAACUGAGCGGAGACACGAUCACAAAGAGUCGUACACAGACAUUAAGAGACUGACAAGUCAUGAAACAGCUACAAAUCUUGAUCGGGAAAGGAGUGAACCCAAAACGACAUCUGAUGAGAGAAUCCCAAGUGACUAUCCAGUUCGUCCUGGUCAAAGUAGUUGUAGGAGUUAUCUACACAGUGGUCUCUGUGUCCGUGGAAGCAAUUGUCUUUUCAAUCAUCCUCGUUGUAAGUUCUUUCUGAGAGGAUUUUGUAAGGACGGCUCAGCUUGUAAAUUUCUCCACUCAAGGGACAACGAAGCUCCUAUGCGUCAAGCACUUUCAUCAAAUGAGAAAAACUUUCACCCAAAGGUCAUGGAGAAAGAGAAUCACAAGGUAGAUGCACAUGGUCAAGAGUACAAUCUGCAAGUAGGGAGAAAGAGAGAGAGCAUUGAGUGGCAGACGAGAGAAGCUCAAGAGAUGGGAAGGAGAAAGUCUAAAGCGUUUUUGGAGGAACAAAGAGUAACGGUAAAAGAAACUGAAACAAGAGAUCUGAUUCUCUUCUUUUACUGUCAUUGCAAAGUUGAAAAGACAACGGACAAGAUUGACGAAAAGAGACAGAGAGAUGUGGAGAAGCUGGAGAUAGAGGCUGAAGAGAUUUCUGAGGAACAAAGAUUGAAGGUAGAAAAAAACGGAGGGAGGCUAGUUCGAGACUUGAGUCAGGUGUUUGAAUUUGAAUCAUCAAACAUUUUCUCUCAAUUGCUUUUUUGA